AUGGUGUGGAGGAGAAGGAACAGUUUUAUUUCUCCUGUCCCGAUCAGGAAUUUUCAUUUUUAUUUUACUAAAAAUUUGGUAGAGAAAUCAAAAGAUAAAAAAAAUCUAUUUGACUUUAUAGGGAACAGAAAAUUUAAUAAUUAUAUAUUUAAUAAUAGAGAAAAUGAAAAAAGUAAAAAGAAUAUUUGUAAUUAUUAUUUGAAUGAAAGAACUUUUUGUAGAUAUUCAGAAGAAAAUAUAAUUAACAAAAAAAAGAAAAAAGAGAAACUCUAUUUUAUGAAUAAAGAUGAAAGAAUUGGACAAAUAAAUAUUUUCUCUUUACCAUCAUGGUUAAGACUGAAAUAUGAUAUCUUAGAAAUAUAUAUGAAAAAAAAAAAUAUUUAUAAUAUUAUGAUGAGAAAAUAUUUGAAUAAUAUAGAUAUAUAUUAUAAUUAUUUAAAAAAUAGAUAUUUAAAAAUAUAUAACAUACAUAAUAAUAAUAAUAAUAAUAAUAAAUAUGUAUUUAUAAAAAUUAAGGAAAAUAUAUUUUCCCAGCUUACAAAGACUUUUAUAAAUGUAAGUAUUUAUAAAACUUUUUUACUAAAUAAUAAUAUUUUAAGAAGAAAAUUAAAAUGGACAGAUAUGAAACAAUAUUUAAACAAUAUUCGAUUUAAUUAUAAUAAAAUGAAUAUUUUUUUAUUUCAAAAAAUAUCUUCUUUAUAUUCUAAAAACAAAAAAACAAAUAUAUAUAUAAAUCCAAAUAUAAUAUAUUAUAAAAAUAUGUUUUUAUUUUAUUAUAAAACAUCACCAGUAACAUAUACUUUAAUUUUAUUACAUAUACUUGUAUAUUUAUUGUGGAAUAUUGCACAGCCUUCAAGAAAUGCAUAUAAUUAUAAUUAUAUAAAUAACUUCAACAAUAAUAAUAAUUAUAGAAAUAAUAAAAAUAUAUAUACAAAUCAAUUAUUAUUAAGUACAGAUACAAUGUAUAAAUAUUUUUCUUGUAGUUUAAAAAAUUUAAGAGAAAAAAAAUUUUAUACACUAGUUACAAAUCUAAUAAGUCAUAAUACUAUAGAAUCAUUUUUAUUAAAUACAAUAUCUUUAUAUUAUAUAGGAACAGCUUUAGAAAGAAUUAUUCAAUCUAAAAACUUUUUUAUAACUUAUUUAAUAAGUGGGAUUCUUUCAUCAUAUAUACAAAUAUUAUAUCAUAAAAAUAAUUAUAAUAAUAUUUAUGUUUUUGGAGCUAGUGGUAGUGUAAGUUCAAUACUAACAACAUAUACUUUUAUGUACCCUUCUCAAAAUAUUUACUUAUAUGGAAUAUUAGCCCUACCACUGGCAUUAUUUUCAAGUUUAUAUUUCCUUAACGAAAUAUAUUGUGUGCUUUCGAACAGACAAGAUAACACUGGACAUAUUGCUCACUUGACAGGCAUGGGAUUGGGUUUCAUUUACUAUUAUUUCUUUAUUAAAAAGGGAAGACUACUACGAUAA